CUCCACUGCGUUUCGAGUCCCUCCCUCCGUCCUCUCUCGCUGCACCGUACACGUCUCUCUCUAUUUCCAGAAAAUCGAUUUCAUAUAUUUCUCACUCGAGAUUCCCUUCUCUCUCUCUUUUCCGAUCGAAUCCUUCGUUUUCUCAUCGCGAUCACGUAUCGUUCCGGUGUUUGAAUUGUGUGUACGUACGUGUAUCUACAUGCACAGACCGUACACGGUCGUAGCGGAAUCUCAGGCAUAGCUUCGGAGCUUGGAAUUUGAAUUCCGUUCUUCCUCUCCAUUUGGUUUCGAUUUCUUGAUUGGGAUCUUGUUCUGUGGUUUCCACUGGUCUGCUGAAUCGGCGAAAGUUCUUCUGGAUGUGAUUAGAUCAUCCGGAAGUUAUUAUUUAGUUUUGUUGUGUAUGAAUUCAGAGAUUGUUUCCAUGGAUGGUCCGGAAAGAUAAAAGAGACAUUCGACUUGCAGAAUCAUAUCUUGGCAUUGUACUUGUUCAUGUCCGGAUAGCUUGUUAUCCACUUGUUUGGUGAAAUUAAUCAAGGGAGGGGAAGUAAAAGUUGGCGGAUCAAGAAGAUGGAAAUGCUCGGAUCUCACUUCGGCUCCAUAGUGUCUAAAUUGAAUGGUUUGUCCACUUCUGAUCAUGCAUCCGUGGUUUCACUGAGUCUAUUUGUCGCACUUCUCUGUGGUUGUAUCGUGAUUGGCCACCUUUUGGAGGAGAACCGAUGGAUGAACGAAUCCAUCACUGCUUUAUUGAUUGGGCUCGGCACUGGUAUUGUCAUUUUGUUGAUCAGUGGGGGGAAAAGCUCACAUCUUUUGGUUUUCAGUGAAGAUCUCUUCUUCAUAUAUCUAUUACCACCCAUAAUAUUCAACGCCGGGUUUCAAGUGAAAAAGAAGCAGUUUUUCCGCAAUUUUGUGACUAUUAUACUUUUUGGAGCCAUCGGGACUGUAAUCUCUUGCGUAAUCAUAACUUUAGGUGUAACUCAGUUUUUCAAGAAACUGGAUCUUGGAACCUUUGACUUGGGUGAUUAUCUUGCAAUCGGGGCGAUAUUCGCUGCAACAGAUUCUGUCUGCACAUUGCAGGUUCUUAAUCAGGAUGAUACACCUUUGCUCUACAGUCUUGUAUUCGGAGAGGGAGUCGUGAACGAUGCCACGUCGGUUGUGCUCUUCAACGCAAUCCAAAGCUUUGACCUUUCCCACCUUAAUCAUGAAGCUGCUUUGCAUUUUCUCGGAAACUUCUUGUAUCUGUUUCUCCUAAGCACCUUGCUGGGCGUAGCCACGGGUCUGAUAAGUGCAUACGUUAUCAAGAAACUCUAUUUCGGAAGGCACUCAACUGAUCGGGAGGUUGCUCUUAUGAUGCUUAUGGCAUAUCUUUCUUACAUGCUUGCCGAGCUAUUUGAGUUGAGCGGUAUUCUCACAGUAUUUUUCUGCGGGAUUGUGAUGUCUCAUUACACCUGGCACAAUGUGACCGAGAGCUCGAGAAUAACUACCAAGCAUACCUUUGCGACGUUAUCCUUUGUUGCCGAGACUUUUAUUUUCCUUUACGUCGGGAUGGAUGCCCUCGACAUCGAGAAGUGGAGAUUUGUGAGUGACAGCCCGGGAACAUCAGUUGCAGUGAGCUCAAUCCUGCUCGGUCUGGUCAUGCUUGGAAGAGCAGCCUUUGUGUUUCCAUUAUCGUUCAUCUCGAACUUGUCCAAGAAGAACCAAAGCGAGAAAAUCGACAUAAAGCAGCAAGUCGUGAUUUGGUGGGCUGGUCUGAUGAGAGGCGCUGUAUCCAUGGCUCUGGCUUACAAUAAGUUCACAAGGUCAGGGCAUACGGAAUUGCGGGGGAACGCGAUAAUGAUCACAAGUACUAUAACUGUCUGUCUCGUCAGCACUAUGGUGUUUGGUAUGCUGACAAAACCGCUCAUACAGUUCCUACUGCCCCAUCAAAAAGCGACGACGAGCAUGUUAUCCGACGACACCCCGAAAUCCAUGACGAUCUCGCUUCUCGACGGGGAGCAGCAGGACUCGUUUGCUGAGCUCGUCGGGACGCCAGACGUUCCUCGGCCCAACAGCAUCCGAGCCCUCCUCACUCGCCCAACCCACACAGUCCAUUACUACUGGAGAAAGUUCGACGACGCUUUCAUGCGUCCCGUUUUCGGCGGCCGGGGUUUCGUCCCCUUCGUCCCCGGUUCUCCGACAGAGCGCAGCACCCACGAUCUUACCAGACCAUAACAAGCUUCCACGACCACGACCACUGAGCUUUGUCCGAACUGAAAAAUCUGUCUAGCCAAGCCGAUGGUUUUCGGUGUGUGUAACUAUUUUUAUAUUAUAAUCAUAAUAUUUAUUUGUUAUUAUUAUUUGUUUUUUUUAAUGUUAAAAAAUCGAAGCUUUUGUGAGGCUUCCGAAUGUUUCUUUUUUUGAGAGUGGAAUGUGAACCGUAGGAUUUAUGUAUAUUUGGUUUUGGUGUAUUUUGUUUUCUUUGUUAUGUAAAAAUGUUCCGUAUGGGAAAAAAUACGAUGCAACGCUCUUUCUACA